CCAAGAAGUGCUCGGCCGGAGAUCAGUCGUACAGGAGACGUCGCAGCGUGAGCACGCGAAUUUUACCACCAACAGUGGCGAUCAUCAACGAUCGCCAACUCAUAAUCCCAUAGUGCGGAUCUUGCCGAGCCGUCUUUUGCUGAUUUUAACGUUGAGAGGAGAAAGUGAUUAAUUGAAUUUAUUAGUGAGGAAGGAAGUGAAACGAUCAAUUCAAGUGGUAAACAUACGGUGCGGUGUCCGAACGGAGAGUGAGGUGAUUGAUUUGAGCAAUAGUGCAAUCGGAAGAAAAGUGCAUUUGAGAGGAAGAGGAGGACGAACAGCGGCUCUAAGAUGACGAAGUGGAGGAACGCCAAGCUGCUAAGUCUAAGCAUAUGUCUAGUCACACUGGUUAGCCUAUGGAGUACGACACAGGGAGCGGAUCUGAAGGAUCGAGCCCGCGCUGCGCUACUGCUGGAACGAUCAGCCAACGGUAAUGGGGCGAACAAAUGCAAGGUAGGCGUAUCACAACCAUGUCCGCCGAGCAAGUUCCGCUCGGCAUCGGGCGAAUGCAACAACUUCAACCAUCGCUACUGGGGUGCCCGGGGAGAUCCUUUCAUGCGACUUCUCGAACCAGAUUACGCCGAUGAUCGUCUCAAGCCACGUACAUCGGUGGGAUCACAUGCCUUACCGGCUCCGGACGCAAUCAUCAGCCAGCUUCAGCGAUCGAUCCCGGUUGGAGCAGUACACCCACAUGUAACCGCAAUGUUACCGGCCUGGGGUCAACUACUUUCCUACGAUCUAGUCCAGAUCCUGUCGCCACAUUCUAGCUUCCGCUGCUGUCGGAAUGAUUCAGCAACCGCUGCCACCGAUGAGAUUAUUCAGUGCUACGUCCGUUCCGGCGAAGGCUGCAAAGAGUACAAACGACCGAUUCCAUCCACGGAACCGGGAGCCUGCAAGUUCGAGUACCGCGAUCAGAUGAACGCCGCCUCCGGUUUCUUGGAUGGCUCGGGCUUGUACGGAACCACGGAGAAAGAGAUCCUUGCACUGAGAACGUUCACCAACGGAAAGGUCGACAUCAAGGCAUGUCUACGAUGCAACGAACCAGGUGCGAUCGGAGCUUUGCAUACGAUCUUGCUGAAGGAACACAACCGAAUUGCCGACGAAAUGUCUAAGCUGAACAAGGAAUGGAGCGAUACUACCCUAUUCUACGAAACUCGCCGAGCGAUCAUUGCUCAGAUUCAACACAUCACCUACAACGAGUUUCUACCGAUCGUGCUCGGAAGCCAGAUCGCCAACAGUCCGGAUUUGAGAAUUGAAAACGGCAAACACUACACCGGCUACUCGUCGUCCAACCGCGCCGGAGUGUUCAACGAAGUCGCUGUUGGCGCCAUUCCUGCCUUCUUAACCAUGCUUCCACCGGAUAUGUACAACGAGUCGGCAUCGGCAGAAAUCCUGAUCUCUACCCCGUCCAUGCAGCAAACCUUCAUUCCCGACCACGCCACCUUCAACGACGAAUGGACUCCCAUCGCUUUGGCUCUGCAGCGUGGACGUGAUCACGGAGUCCCGUCGUACCACAAGGCGUUGAACCUGUGCGAGAAGCGCUUCGGCAUCCCGUACGGAUCCAAACUGACCUUCGACGAUAUGGAAUACUUUGGCCUGUCGCCCGAGAAGAGGAAGACUUUGGAGAACAUCUAUCAGGACGCUGAAGACAUUGAUUUGUUGGUUGGAGGUCUGUCGGAAACCGCCACGCUGGGCACUGUAUUUGGACCGACGUUGACCUGCCUCCUUGCCAUUCAGUUCGCCAACCUGCGCAACAGCGAUCGCUUCUGGUACGAAAACGACUUGCCUCCGUCUUCGCUGAAUCUCCCGCAGCUGCAGGCCAUUCGACGCGUAACUUUGUCUGGACUUCUCUGCGAAGCGAAGGGAGUAUCCAAAGCCCAGCCAAAGGCGUUCAUCCGCGAAGAUCCAUACCUGAACGCUCGCUUGAACUGUGAGCAAAUCUCCGGUUUAGAUGUUACCCCAUGGCGUUCGGAAACUGAAGAGGAGGUCGAGGAAGACGUGGAAGAACAAACCCCGACGCCCCCGGAACUGGCCGAGCUGAACAUCGACGUGAUCGAGAAGGCGAUCGCCAAGGCCAAGGAUCAGCUCAACGAGAGGAAGCGUUUCGAGUACGAAUCCUGGGUCAAUCGGGGAGGAGUCGACGCCAAGUCUCCAGCUGGAACUGCAGCUUCCUUCAGUAAGGCAAACAAAAACGCACUGAUCAUCGCCAACACAUCUCUGCUGUACGAGCUGGCUUCCAACGAAAUUCUUAGCAAUUUGCAUUCUCUGCGUCGGCGCAAGCGUCAAAUCUUCGAUAACAACUUGGGAGCCUUCGGAGGCGACGAUUUUAGCAACGCACUGCAGACGAUCGACGUCAACCAGUUCAUCACGGGAUCUAUUUCGCCAAUCAACUUGGAACCACAGUGCGAGAACUUGGAAGCGCCUUGUGACACGGCAACUCCGUUCCGUACCUUGACUGGCCAUUGCAACAACUUGCGUAGCCCAAAUCUAGGUCAAUCCUUGACUACCUUCGCCCGUCUGCUGCCAGCUGUUUACGACGACGGAAUCUCGCAACCUCGUAGCAUUUCAAUCUCAGGAAAUCCACUACCAAAUCCACGAACCAUCUCCUCCUUGAUUCACCCGGACAUUUCCAACCUUCAUACUCGCUACUCCCUCAUGGUUAUGCAGUACGCGCAGUUCUUGGAUCACGAUCUUACCAUGACCCCAAUCCACAAAGGCUUCCACGAGUCGAUCCCCAGUUGCCGUUCGUGUGAUUCUCCGCGUACCGUCCAUCCCGAGUGUCAUCCAUUCCCGGUGCCACCACGUGAUCAUUACUACCCAGAGCUGAACGUCACCAGUGGCGAACGUCUAUGCUUCCCAUUCAUGCGAUCGCUACCGGGUCAGCAAACCCUUGGUCCUCGUGAACAGAUCAACCAAAAUACCGCAUUCUUGGACGCUUCUCAGAUUUACGGCGAAAACGGUUGCGUUGGAAAAGGACUUCGUGGAUUCUCAGGUCGUCUCAACUCCACGAUCCAUCCCAUCCGAGGAAAGGAACUUUUGCCACAGACUCCAAUUCAUCCUGAGUGCAAAUCCCCAAGUGGUUACUGCUUCGCUGCUGGAGAUGCGCGUGCUUCCGAACAGCCAGGUCUAACCGUGAUCCACACCAUCUUCAUGCGCGAACACAAUCGCAUCGUUGAAGGUCUUCGAGGCGUCAAUCCACACUGGAACGGUGAUCAGCUGUACGAACACGCCCGCCGUAUCGUCAUCGCUCAAAAUCAGCACAUAACCUACAACGAAUUCCUGCCACGUAUUCUCAGCUGGAACGCUGUGAAUCUUUACGGACUGAAGUUGCUCCCGCAAGGAUACUACAAGGACUACAACCCAACGUGCAACCCAGCGAUCGUAACCGAAUUUGCAUCGGCAGCCUUCCGUAUUGGUCAUUCACUGCUUCGCCCGCACAUCCCUCGACUUAGCCCGCAGCAUCAGCCCAUCGAUCCGCCAAUUCUGCUUCGUGAUGGCUUCUUCAAGAUGGACAUCUUCACCCAACAGCCAGGGUUGAUCGAUGAAAUUGCUCGCGGUUUGGUAGCCACUCCGAUGGAAACCUUGGAUCAGUUCAUCACCGGCGAAGUCACCAACCAUCUGUUCGAAGAUCGCCGCAUUCCAUUCUCCGGUGUCGAUCUGGUCGCAUUGAACAUCCAGCGUGCUCGUGAUCACGGAAUUCCGUCGUACAACAACUACCGCGCGUUGUGCAAUCUGAAACGAGCUCAGACCUGGGAAGACUUAGGCCGUGAAAUUCCUCCGGAGGUGAUCUCCCGCCUGAAGCGCAUCUACAACAGCGUGGACGACAUCGAUCUGUUCCCAGGCGGUAUGUCCGAAAGACCUUUGCAGGGUGGCCUGGUGGGCCCGACCUUCGCCUGUAUUAUUGCCAUUCAGUUCCGACAGGCUCGCAAGUGCGAUCGCUACUGGUAUGAAAACGACGACCCGACAGUCAAGUUCACAGAAGCUCAACUUGCUGAACUCCGCAAGACUACGCUGUCUAGGAUCAUCUGCGAGAAUUUGGACAUCCAAGGUGAUAUGCAGCGCGCUGCUCUCGAUCUGCCAAGCAAUUUCCUCAAUCCACGUGUCCCGUGCAGCUCAAUGCAACAAAUCGAUCUCAGUGCCUGGCGAGAGAAUGUAGUGCAAGGAUGUCACAUCGGUGGCAAGCAUGUCGACGUUGGAGACUCGGCCUUCCCAUCGCCUUGUACCAGCUGUAUUUGUACAAACGAAGGCCCUCAAUGUGCCUCGCUACGUAUCACCGACUGUGCCCAACUGGCUCGCGAAUGGCCUCGGGAUGUGAUCCUCCGCGACGAUGUCUGCAGUGCCCAGUGCGGUCUGGUUCUGCAAAACAGCCCUCAAGGGCGACAGCUGCCGAUCAAUCUACGGGGGCAGAAUUCCCAGCGCGUUUCCCGCUCACGCGUCGUCCAACAGCAGACGGCCAUCCCGCUCAGCUUCCAGGGAUUCCAGUUCCCUGAUCUGACGCAGUUCAUUGGGUAGAUUGCUCCUCGGGGGAGAUCCGGACUUUGAACCCAUCUCAACACUACUAAUACAUAAUCGUUGUUGUAAAUAUUGAGCGGCCAUAUUACUACCACUGUUUCUUUACCUUAUUCUCUAUAGAAUGUGUAUCGAACCAACAAACUGCCCUUUUAGCAUGUUUCUUUAAAUUAAUGUACACACUCCUGUUGCGAAUGCGUUUCGCGCUGAACGUUGUCAUAAAACGUUAUUUUAUUGUAAAUAUUAGAGUAGCCUAAGAAAUCGAAAAAAAAAAACAAAUUAUUUCUAUCUUCUGUUUCAACUUCCAUUCUAUCUAAACUUAUUCAACUAAAUUAUAAUUGAAAACAAAAGAACUAAAAGCCUCCUUACCCAAAUCAAAGGCAAAGGACGUAAAGCAAACCAUAUCUCAAUGAAACAAAUCGAACGAGCACAAAUUCAAAUCGUGAAGCAAUUAGUGAUAAAACAAAGCGGCUACCACUUGGGUAGCGAAAACCGUUAGUUCUUAAGCGUACCUACCCAUUACUCGGAGGAAAGACGGAUCCGGAUAGUUUUAUAAAGUCUGCGUACGAAUCGAGCAAUGGACCUCAGAAGAAAUGGGCGAACCAGCAAAAUAAACUUUCUCAUGUUGUGUUUGUAUUUGUGACUUUAUGCUAGUAUUCGUGUUUUGUGCUAGAAAGGAAAAUUUUAAAUAAAAUGUAUUUAUGAUUUAAA